GGACUGUUGGGUAGAGGAAUAACCAGCAGCCUGUUUGGAGUGUUGAAACAUGUGGCUCCAGUCACAGGCGAUGUCUUUGCAGCAAGGGCAGCAAUGUCAGACAAUUCUGAGCAAGGCAGGGGUAGAGGGCCAAUUAUCGAGCAUCCACAUUCCAGCGUUCAAGAAUUGGCAGCUCAAGUGAAGGGAUUGGAGUUCGGACGAGCAUUGCUGGGGAGAAGCAGAGUUUUCCAUGGUUUGCCAGUUUGUUCACCUGGAAACAGGAGAUUUGCUCUCAGCGAGGCUGUCACUGGAGCGCCGGAGCAAGAAACUAGAGGAGAGCCAGUCAUGAAUAAAGGAUCAUCAGGAACAUCUGUACCUCUGGCAGUAAACCUUACCAAAAUACAUUGUCAAAAUGAGGCCGUUUAUCAGUACCACGUCACCUUCAGUCCUAAUAUAGAAUGUCGGAAUAUCCGCUAUGCAAUGUUAAAGGAGCAUCAGCUGGUUACUGGCAAAACUACUGCUUUUGAUGGCAGCAUACUCUACCUGCCUGUCAAACUACCUGAGAAGGUGGCUCUGAAAUCGCAAAGAAAAACUGAUGGCUUGGAAGUGUACAUCAAGAUUCAAUUGACCAAGAUUCUCCAACCCAACUGCGACCUCUGCAUCUCCUAUUAUAAUGUCGUAUUACGAAGAGCUAUGAGGCUUUUGGAAUUAAAAUUAGUUGGACGGAAUUUCUAUGACCCAACAAGUGCGAUUGUUCUUCCUCAAUACAGAUUGCAGAUAUGGCCAGGAUACUCCGCAAGCAUUCGAAGAACAGACGGAGGAUUGAUGUUACUUGUUGACGUGUCCCAUAAAGUAAUUCGUAAUGACUCUGUCAUUGAUGUUAUGCAGGCUAUAUACCAAAAGAGCAGUGAGAAUUUCCAGGAUGACUGUACGAAGCAGUUAGUGGGCAGCAUCAUCAUGACAAAGUAUAAUAAUCGCACCUACCGCAUUGAUGACAUAGACUGGGACAAAGCCCCGACAAGCUACUUUCAGAUGGCAGAUGGCACAGACAUUACCUUCUGUGACUAUUACAGCCAAGCCUAUGGAAUUACCAUUCAAGAUUUGAACCAGCCUCUCCUUGUAUAUCGACCUAAACAGAAGUAUGGACCACAGGGAAAGCCUAUCCAGAGCGAGAUCCUCCUUGUACCCGAACUGUCUUUCAUGACUGGGAUCCCUGAUCAGAUGAGGAAGGAUUUCCGUGCGAUGAAAGACCUGGCUGUGCAGAUCAACCUGUCUCCAGAACAGCACCACAUGGCUUUACGAAAACUGCUGAACAACAUCAAGAAAAAUGCCAUUGUCCAAGAAGAGCUGGCACACUGGGGGCUUGUCAUAGAUGAAGAUAUCUAUAAGACGGAAGGAAGAAUCUUACCUCCAGAAAAGAUCAUAGUACGGUACAGAUCGUUUCCAAGUGGGGCUGAUGUUAACUGGUCGAGAGAGGUUGUCCGUGAAAAAGUAAUAUCAGCGGCCACACUGCACUGCUGGGCUCUGUUGUACACCAAGCAAAGUGCAACACAUGCCAAGGAUCUCGUCAGCUUCAUGUCAAAGGUGGCAGAACCCAUUGGAAUUACCUUCCAGCAGCCUGCAUACAUCGAACUGAAGGACGAUCGCACCCAGACCUAUGUCCGAACUCUCCAGUCGUACCUGGGGAGUAAUGAUUCGGUGAAGCUUGUGGUAUGCAUAGUGACUGGCAACCGUGAUGACCUGUACCAUGCCAUUAAGAAACUCUGCUGUGUGCAAUCUCCAGUCUCCUCGCAGGUGAUUAAUGUGAGGACAGUCUCUCAAACUGUUAGGAUGAGAAGUAUCUGCCAAAAGAUCCUGCUGCAGAUAAACUGCAAAUUGGGUGGAGAACUGUGGGGUGUGGACAUACCACUGAAGCAGCUUAUGGUGAUAGGAAUGGAUGUGUACCACGACCCUGUCAGGGGGAAGCAGUCUGUUGUUGGAUUUGUUGCCAGCAUGAACAAGGCAAUGACCAAAUGGUUUUCGAAGGUUGCAUUUCAGAUGCCCAAUCAGGAAAUCAUCGACGGAUUAAAGAUUUGUAUGGUGGCAUCCCUGAAGAAAUAUUACGAGAUAAACCACUGUCUCCCAGAGAAGAUUGCUGUGUACCGUGAUGGAGUAUCUGACGGCCAGCUGAAUGCAGUGACAGAUUAUGAGCUUCCCCAGCUCCUUAAGUGCUUUGAGGUUUUCAGCAAUUAUCACCCAAAAAUGAUAGUGAUUGUGGUGCAGAAGAGGAUCAGCACCAACUUGUAUGCACAGGCACCUUCAGGCAGGCUCGAGGUGCCACCUCCUGGAACUGUAAUGGACCACACUGUCACCAGCAGGGAAUGGACUGACUUCUUCCUGUUGGCUCAUACUGUUCGUCAAGGCUGUGGAAUCCCAACGCACUAUAUCUGUGUGUACAACAGUCUGAAGCUCAGCCCUGACCACAUGCAGAGGCUCACCUUCAAACUCUGCCACUUGUACUGGAACUGGUCAGGCACAAUCCGUGUGCCCGCACCCUGCAAGUAUGCUCAUAAACUUGCGUUUCUCUGUGGCCAAUCUCUGCACCAGGAGCCAGCUGCCCUCCUUUCUGAAGUACUUUUCUACCUGUGA